AUGGAAUUAUUGACAUAUAAUGACAGUGACACAUACAGUGAAUUUGAUGUUGGAUGUUAUUGUUUCGAUGAUCAAAUUGAAGAUCUUGCAGUUGAUCAAUUUUUCAAUGCAGAAUUAAAUCAUGAAGUUAAACAUGAAAAUAGAAUUGUCGAUGAAUUUGAAGAAUUUUACCGAUUAGAUAAUGACAAAAAAGAUUUCAUAAACAGUGUUAUCUAUGAUAGUAGUAAUUUGGAUAUUGAUCAACAAAGUUCAAUAAACUAUUUAAUUAGUUUAAAAUCUACAUCAGUUGUCGGACGUGGUCGAUUUAAAACGAAGGCUAUUGAUGAAUAUAAUCAAGAAUUACCAGUAUCCCGAAUUUCUGAUUUUGAUUCAGAAAAAGACUUUUAUCCAAAACUUCCACGAAUAACAAAAUUGCCAUCUGCGUAUUCUAGAAAACGGGAAGAUCAAACAAUACAAAUAUGUACAAAUUUUAAAAAGGAAAAUUAUUGA